AUCCGCAAGCCCGACCGUACAGGUUAGCACGGUUACAAGAAAUCAGAUACGCCUGCAGAGAUAACGGGGCCGACCGAGCACGAUUUUAAAAUUCAUACGCAAACCCCGGGGGGACACGCCGCCAUUAUCUGGCAACGACUCCCAGCUUCGGCAGGUAAAUUUAUUACAAAAAAAUACGCGCGAGCCCUUCGAUCACCGAUCGAUCGUCGAUUGUCGAUGUUUGAGAUACGCUUCUGUGGCACGCGGAAAAAUAUAGAUGAGGCUGCGGACGAUAAGCGAAAGGAUUGCGGCCGGCCCGCCUCGUGAAACGCGACGUAGUUUGCGGGCGAAAGUAGAGUAGCUACGGGUUAUUUAUGUUUCACGUGCAGGACGCUACUGCAAGCGAUAUCUGAUAGACACGCGAUGUCCCCGAAACGUCUCACGCCUACCCCAUCUAGUCUCGAUCCUACCUUUGACUAGACCCCAGGCUCCGCCGCGGAAAAGUCUAAACGAACCGCGCUGUUUUACGCGCGGCAAAAAGGGAGGGAAAAUAAUGACCCCGUCAACGGUCAGUUUCCUGGUGAGAUCCUCCAGCCGGGACUCCAACGGCGAGAGUUCCGCGUCCGGCGACUCCGAGGAGCCGGAGGUGACUUCCGGUCCGUCCGCCGCCGGUGACGCGAUGGAGAGGCGGGAAAUGUCGUCGAGGAAGAUGAGCCUGUUCGCGAUCUACGCGAAGAUAUUUCGAGUGAUGCUGGCCAGGUGGGUCCAGGCGGCGGACCCGAACGAGGAACGGCAUCUCAAAGAACUCGACGAACUCGUUCUGCCGAGCAACGAGGAAUGGCGACGCCAGGUUUACUACCGCCUCGUUGAUCUUCAGCGGGAAAUAGACGCCGAAGGAGACGCCGACGCGCGGAUGGAAUCCGAAGCGGACAAGGAGCCGAAGGACGUAAAGGACUGGGAAUGGCAGCCCGUUGGGGGAGGGUACCCCCUGCGUCCGAAGGGUGGUAGAAAAGAGGAUUCGGCGGGUUCCUGGGAGAUGAUUUUGAGCUCGAAAGGCUCGAUGACCGAGGCAUGCAUACAGCCGGGAUGGAGGGUGGGGGACUUGAUACUGGCGGCGCAGGUUCUUCAGAAACAGAAAUCACCGGCUAUCGGAUAUUCGGACGAGGCGGAAAUGCGGAGGGUCUUCGGCCUCGUUUACGACGUACUCAGAUACAAGAACAUCCUAAAUCACGCCCUCGAGGACGUCGGCUUCUGGUAUCGCCACCCCGAGUACAAGGACGUAGAAAGAAUAGUGUGGCUCCUACUCUACGACAUGCAAGGUCGUAAAUUCGGUCGGAGAGGUGAAGUUAACGAGGUCGCGGCGCGCGAACGAGCCUUCGAAGAGGCUGGCCUCAAGGACGUGGAGGACGCGCUGAUGGGGACGAGGACUCGGCUCGCGGCUAGCGUUUCGCGGCUCAGGAUAGGCGGUUCCGCUCUGAACUUGGGCGAGCUCCUUCCCCAGCACCUCCGGACGGCCGAGGGCGUAGUCUGGGGGGAAAAUGGCGGCGUAGCGUCCGGCUGGGUGAACACCCUGAAGAUAUCCGGGAAGCGGGAAUUCGUGGAGGCGAUGACGGGCCUGGGGCUGACCCUCUGCUCCGGCUGCUCGAGCGACGAACUCGGCGAACGAACCUUCGCCUUCGAUCCCAUGUGCCCCAAGGUGGUCAAUUUCCACGACGCCGCGAGGGAGACGAUCGCCAAAUCGUCCCUAGUUAGGAAUCACCAGUUCAUAUUUUUGGAGAGGUCCUUGUGCUCGGGGGCGGCGGCGUUGGCGCAGGCCGUCAGGACGGGCCACCUCUGCGGCCCGGUAGUCCUGACGCACGCUAUAGCACCGAGACACACGGGAUACUUGGCCGGACUUCUCGCGGACAUAGACGACGCCGGUAGACUCCUCGCCUUCGGGACUGGCCACUCGAGGAAGGAGUACGAGAACUACCUGAGGAAUCUCGGGGUCACCCUCCAGCAGUGCAGAGUCUUCUCAGAAGCGUACACGUCGCCGCCUCCUUCCGCGGAACUUGAAAGGGCGACGAUCGUCCUCGCGACGCCGCCCUGCAGCUACACGGGGGUCAGGGACGCCGUCGACCUGGCGGUCGCCCGGGGCGGGGACACGCCGCUCUUGGAGACCCUUACCGACGUCGACGGGGCCGUCAGACAGCCGCAGGUCCUCCUCGCCGAGCAGCUGGACACCCUCAGACACGCCCUGACCAGGCCGAACGUUCAGAUGCUCGUCUACGAGGUGCACAGCGUGCUGCCCGCCGAAACCAGCGAAAUGGUGGAGCAGGUGACGCGUUACGCAAACAAAAUGGCGGUCGAGAAAUACGUACGCGAACAUUCCCCAAAGAGGAGACAGCCGGCGAAGGACGCCGCGGGGAGCAGGAGCGCGAGGUCCUCGAAAUCCGGUAAACGGGGGCAGCAGUCCAGCCUGGAGGUCCCCAGGGCGGAGGAGAGGAGGUCGGCCUACGACGACGAGGACGAGGCCUCGGUCUCGCCCUCCGUGGAGGAGAAGGUGCCGGACAGCGAUCUGUUCGAGUUCGGGCGCGUCGACGAGGUCUGCGGUAAGUCGAACGGCGAAACGGCGGACGGAGGCUGCUACCUGGCGCUGGUCAGAAGGAAGGAGAUGAUGCAGUUCAAUUCACUGUUCAUGAUCAAAGUAGCGGAGGCCAAAGGACUCUUCGGGGACCCGAACAAGCAGCCCGCCCAACCGAGGGAGGAACAGCAGGCGGCGCCGGUACGGCAGGGCUCUCAGCAGAGCCGGAAGGGCUGCAAAAAGAACAAGAUCCAGAUGGAGCGGAUAGCGGCGCCGACCUUCUCUUCGAUGGUGCGGAAUUACAGGCAGAACAGGUCCUGCCCCCGGCACAGCCACCGGGUGGCCCUCGAGGAGAGGAUGACCUUGGAACAGGUACGUGACGCCCGGCGUCGCGACGCUCGACGCUGGUGGGACGAGCUGGCCCCCUACCUGCUCAGAUCUCUUCCGGAAAUUCGGAAACCCUCCGGAUUUCGCGCCACCAGAACCGACCCUAAAACCAGAAAAGUUUUCUACUCGCUUCACGUCGAAGAAAUUUCUUACAUGAGAGCCACCGGCGCCGUUUUCAGCGCCUGACCCGAGCGUCGCGGUUCUCUCGCUGUGUUGUCCUUCCUUUUUUAUUUUUUUAUCGUUUUUUUUUUGUUGUUUUUGCCGGGUUUGCUGCAUUUCGUUUGGAUUAUUUUUUUACCCUUUUAGAACUAGAUUUUCUAGCGGAGGGACGUAUGUAGGGUCAUUUCUUUGGCCGAUUUCUGGGCCGUCGAGGGUCGGGAUAUGUCCGCUUUGAAUUGCGUGAAAAAAUUAAUAAACAGGAUAUCAGGGAAGUGGACGAUAACUGAUAUCCUAUUUAUUACGUUAAAUCAUCAUGGACACAAAAAUUCAUAAUGCGUUCAAAAAAUGUUUCAUUCGAACCCCGAAAAUUCCUCGUUCCCGAAAUACAGGUUCCCCGAGGUCCAGGGCGCCGAUAAUCCACCCCCUGUAUGUUGUAAAUAAUCCUCCGGGGAGAAAGUUCGCAGACGACGGUUCGGCGUUUGCAGGAGUAAAAAAAAAAAAAAAAGAAAAAACUGAAGAAAACUUGUAAAAUCGCGAAUAAAUUAUACGUACACCGAUCAUGCGACUGCUCGAUAAAUAAUCGAUCACCUCAUACGUAUCACGGCGCAUCAAAGAUGGCGGCCCAUUCCCGUAGACUGUCCUUCCGCCACACCGUCCAAAAACUUUCCCUCUUAUGUUUCCGCAGGCUGAUUCCGAGCGUCGUCUGGUCUGUUCGAGGAAAUGUUAUUCGUCGAGCGAUUCGACGGUGGUCGGUAAUAAUGUCCGCAAACGAAUGGACUCCGAACAGCGUCAGAGAGAAAUCGUGGAGCGUCUCCUGGUCCCAACGAAAUCGAGCGUGAAACGGAGCAGAUCGAAGUACCCGGGAAACGAGGAUGACGAAUAUCCGGUGGGAAAUUAUUCAAAAAUCAUAGGAUGCGGCUAUACCGGGUGGGAGAAAGCGCACAGGAUUUUCUUUCAGAGCGUACGUUACGCGAUGUGACGACGACGUAACGACGUAACGCUGUACUCCGAUGUGUCCGCCAUUUUGAAAAAACAAUCCUGCGGACAGAGAGAAAAAAAAAAAAAAAAAACCAAAAUCCUUUCGCUCCU